GGGCGCCCCCCAGGCGCCGGGCAGGCCUCGCGUCAGUCGCAGUCCCAACCAAGGUCCGCGAGACGUCAAAGGCCCUCGCUGGGGCAUAAUGUCCCGCCCUCCCUUAAUCCUUUCUCUUCCUCCGUCCUUCACUUAUAUCAGCUCAGUGCGAUCAUCCACUUAGCCACCCGCCCAAGCGGAACGCUUGUGAGGCCGGAACCACUGUGCUGGGUGCUGCUGGCAGACGGAGGACUGUUCUGGUGACGGACCACCAAGUGUCUGCGAAGGGUGGGCCGGACAGUUCCGGCGGCAGAACGCGCCUGCGAGGUCCUGUGUUCGUCGCCGUCUCCGUCUCGUCCGAUGCACCGACAGAAUUUUCGACCCCCGACUCCUCCUUACCCCGGCCCGGGUGUAGGAGGUUGGGGGAGCGGGAGCGGCUUCCGGGGUACCCCGGGCGGAGGCGGACCGCGGCCGCCGUCCCCGCGGGACGGGUACGGGAGUCCCCACCACACGUCGCCGUACGGGCCCCGGUCUAGGCCCUACGGGAGCGGCCACUCUCCGCGACACGGCGGCAGCUUCCCUGGGGGCCGGUUCGGGUCGCCGUCCCCUGGCGGCCACCCCGGCACCUACUCCAGGUCCCCCGCGGGGUCCCAGCAGCAAUUCGGCUACUCCCCGGGGCCGCAGCAGACGCACCCCCAGGGUUCUCCAAGGACAUCUACACCAUUUGGAUCAGGGCGUGGUAGAGAAAAGAGAAUGUCUAAUGAGUUGGAAAGUUAUUUCAAGCCUUCAAUGCUUGAAGACCCUUGGGCUGGCCUAGAACCAGUAUCUGUAGUGGAUAUAAGCCAACAAUACAGCAGUACUCAAACAUUCACAGGCAAAAAAGGAAGAUACUUUUGUUAACAUUUCUGAAAUUCAGCUGGAAGCUUCAUGUGUCAGGAACAUCUUGGACAAAACUUUUGCUUGUAAUUAAGUUGAACCCUAACUUGGUGACUUUGAGUAAUUAGUUGUGUCUUCUUUCAUCAUAUCAAGUAUUUUUGGUAUUAAAGAAGACAUAUGGUAAGAUAAUUUGCAAUAUUUAGCCCUCUGGAAGUGCCUACCACAUUUUAGAAGAUUGACAGUUUCCAAAUACUUAACAUUCUUGGUUAUAUAAUGGACAUUUGUCUUUUAAUGUUUUUCCAAUGUUUUAAAAUAAAACAUUUUGUCUUUUUAGCUAAUUGUGCUUUUGUCAUAUGCUAAAGAAGGAUUAUUAAAGUAAUGCUUUGUAAUCAUGUGGUUAGAAUUUGUAAGUAUAUAUUUUGCAUACUACUUUUGAAAAUAAAAUAGACCAUCCUUUGUGCUGUAGACAGUUCUAUAUUUGUUCAUAAGGAAAGGGGGUAAAGAAAGAAUAAAGGAAAUUUCUAUUCAUAUUA